GCUGCCGAGCUGCUGCUCCCGCUGGCGGGCGGGCCGCCGCUGCGGCUCCACGUGCCGCGGGACGCAGGCAGCUCCGAGACUGGCGUGACCGUCUGGCCCUCCGGCCUGCUGCUGUCUGCCUGGCUGGCAUCGCAGCCGCCCGCGCUGCUGCAGGGCCGCAGCUGCGUCGAGCUCGGCUGCGGUCUGGCGGCGCUGCCGACGAUCGUUGCGGCGCGCCUCGGGGCGCUCCGCCCCCCCGGCUGCCUCGCGACCGACGGCCUCGCGUCGGCCGUGGAGGCGGCGGCCGCGAAUUUGGCCCGGAGAACGCGGCGGCGUCGAGCGCCCAGCUGCUCGACUGGCAGGAC